CCCCUUUCCGCUCUGCCUCUUUUCCUCCAGUCCCUCGACCAUCCUCGGCCACGACAUACCUCCCGUCCCUCUUCAGCCUCGGCCUCCUACCCCUGGGACAUCACUCAAGUCGCUCAACACCCUGUUAGUCAUGCCGGCUACUCUCCGUUCCACGCGCAACAGCGUUUUGGGGAAGCGUACCCACCACCAAAGUUCCGUCGACUCCUCCUCAGCCGGGUCCGCUUGCGAUGGAGGCGUCGCUCUUCCAACGCCUGAUCCUAGUCCAGAUCCAAAGCGGCCGCGCACCUCGACGUCGUUCCUCGACGACGACGGUAAUAAGGAGAACAUUCCCCCGAUUGUCUUCACCGUCCUGAAUCGAUCCCCAUCCGCGCGACGCGUGCGUCGAUCAAGUACAGAGGGCUCGAUCUCUCCGCGUCGUACGCCACGACGAGCGGCGUCGUCCGCCGACUUAACCGCGUCACCGCGCACACCUUCCUCAUCCUUCAAUGGUCUUUCCUUGGCUACUCCUCCCCCGUCGCCUCCCUCGGCGCUGCUUCCCCUUCAUGUGCGCGUUCGUGCCCUACUGCGUGCUACGUCCAACGGCCUCACAGGCAUGUCAGGACGUACGUCCGAGCGCGCCGUGAUCGAGAGUUUCUUCGCUGCCUUCGUCUCCGGCGACCAGGGUGAUCGUACCUCGCUCUAUAUUUCGGGCUCUCCGGGCACGGGCAAGACCGCUCUCGUGAAUGAUGUGCUCCGUGCAUGUCGCUCCGAGCUAGAGUCUCAAGGCACGAAGGCCAUUGUGAUUAACUGCAUGGCGAUCAAGGGUGUCGACGCGAUCUGGGAUAGUGUUGCGGAUGUUAUCGACGAAGGGCAAUCAAACAGUCGGCGUCGACGAAAGGCGAAAGAAUCCUCAGCCCAGCGCGUGCGGCGUCUGCUUACGACUAAGAAAACGAGAUGCAUCGUCGUUCUCGACGAGUUGGAUCACGCUAUAUCCGACGACCAAUGCCUUGUAUCGUUGUUCACAUUCGCUCAAACCCUCAGCGAACAUCUGCGUAUGAUCGGCAUCGCCAACACGCAUACGUUGACAUCGUCCGCCACGACCGCGUCGUUGGACUCGGUGAAGUCUGUGAACACGGUUCACUUUGCUCCAUAUGCUUCACAGCAGUUGAUGGAGAUCUUGACUUCCCGACUGUCACCACUCUAUGAUGACGCGGAUUGUGGGGAUCGAGUCAGGCGUUUCCUACCUGCGCCCGCGUUGAUGUUAUUGACGAAGAAGAUAGCAUCGCAAACGGGUGAUGUCCGUGCUAUCUUUGAAGUCCUUCGCGGUGCGAUUGAUCUCGCCCUCGCCGAUGUCGUCUCCGACGACCCCCUUUCUGCCCCAAUGGCCGUCGUCACGCCCACGCAUGUCCUCGCUGCACUCAAAGCCCAAUCAUCACCGAAUGCACCCGCGGCAACGUCUGGGUCUGGCUCGUCCGCGGGCGCGAGCGAACUUAUCACCAAGAUUCGUGGGCUUGGGCUCCAGCAACGCCUGGCACUUCUGGCGCUCCUGCUCGUCCGCAAGCGUGUCGAAGCCGGGCUGGCACUCUCCGGCUCGCCUGCAGCUGGGUCUCCAUCUAAGCCCCCUCGCUCGCCAGUGAAACGGACUCAAUCCGCAUCAGCUGCAGUCCCUGCCGCAAGUGGCUCCGUCGACGUCGCGCAGUUGCAUGCGUUCUAUUCGGCCAUCCUUGCUCGGGGUGAUUCGGCGGUCUUCACGCCCGUGUCGCGGAGCGAGUUCACCGACUUGUUGGGCCUGCUCGAGACUGUUGGGCUCGUAAUGCUCUCGACUGGACGUGGCGGCAUGCCGGGCACACCCUCCAAGACAGGCCGGAAAGGUUUCGGCCGAUCGUCGUCUUUUACGGUUGGGGCCAGCAAGGGGAGCUGCCCAGAGGUGUGCUUCGUCGCGGACGUGCGUCUUGACGAGGUGUCUCGUGGUCUCGGGAUCGCGGGCGCUGGUGCGGAGGCUGAGCCUCCCGCGGAUGCGCGCGAGGAGGAAGUUCGCGCCAUCUGGGAGCGUGAGCGUGCGAGGAUCGCCCGCGAGGCAAAAGCGUCGGCUCGCGCGUCGACCUCAGCGGACGUGUUCGAGGGUGCCAUGGAGGUGUAACAGUGCUCCAUCUCACCUGCUCAAAACUUAUCCCUCUUACAGUCGAUUUGUCGUGCACACGCUACCUAUACGUCUGCUGGUCCGUUCCUCUCAUCAUUACCCAUCAUCGACAAUGUUUCAGUACGUAUGCAUGCAUCAUCUCACAGUAUCCC